ACUCGCUGUCUGCAGACUGCAGCGUGGCCAAGAGCCUGGACUGUGGCGAGCGGUUGGAUUGCCGCAAGGAGCUGGCUGUGCAGGUUGAAAAUAUCCUUUCUCAUUUACCAUCCAAAAAAGGAGACCCCAGACAACAUUUUGAUCAAGGUGGAAGAGGAUAUUGGUGGAAGCAUCCCACCUGUAGAAGACUGCAAUGACAUUAGAGACUGCAGCACACAGCCUGGCGCCACCUCGGAUAGUAUGCAUCCGGCCGCCCCUGGCUCUUCCCACAUGUCCAGUCACAAGUUCAGUCGAGUUCACUCCCUGGAGAAGCCCUACAGGUGUGACCAAUGCAUGAAGAGCUUCAAACGGAGCUACGACCUGAAGAUCCACAUGAGGAUUCACUCUGGGGAGAGGCCUUACAAGUGUGAGCAAUGCAUGAAGCGCUUCAGUCAAAGCUACAACCUGAAGAUCCACAUGAGGAUUCACUCCAGGGAGAAGCCCUACAGGUGUGAACAAUGCAUGAAGCGCUUCAGUCAGAGUUACCACCUGAAGAUCCACAUGAGGAUUCACUCUGGGGAGAAGCCCUGCGUGUGUCUCCAGUGCAAGGCCAGCUUCAGCGAUCCAAGACAUUUGCGUGAGCACAUGAUCAAUGCACACGGGCAUUGGGGUGAGUUGACACGGGUCAACGGGACGCUUUGAUUGACACCUUUAUCCUGUAUAUGUUCAAAUUACUACUUUAAGGUUUUAUCACGAUUUAAAGACGCUUUCGGAUAUUUCUAAAAUAAAUUUAUAUAUUUCGGC